UCUGUAGUUUUCUCAACUAUAUGUAGUACAAAAUGUGAUUAGAUAUGUUUAGAGAUCUUAUGACACUAAUUUUCAUGUUUCCUUAUAGGAGUGGCAUGCAUAACCUGUUCUGACACAUAAGUACUGCCCAAAACACAAACACUAAGACAUUUUCACUACUACAGACAGUAGGUACACUGCAUUCAUCUGAAGACUAAAGCCUUAAGUUUUGAUGAUGAUAACCACAAAUCUGCUGAUCAAGUCAUUGACCUGUUUAUACCUCACAAUAUUUCUCAUGACAAGUCAGACUCUGGCCUUUCUGUCUUUGUCGCCAAAAUCCAAGACACAUCAGGACAUAACCCGUAAUGCAAUUUUACAGACAACAGUCGAUGUCUGCAGAUCACGAGCACUCCAGGAUGGAAAACAUUUUGUUUUGCCAGACGCACUGACAGUAGCAUCAGUGGCAAAAGCUUGUUCCUCUUCUGAUUCAGCCAAAGAUUUACAAAUCAGCAUCAAUGAUAUAAAUCAAUACAAUGCUUUGGUCGAUGUUGAGUAUCCCUUCAUUGGACGUUACCAUUUCAACAACGAGGAGUUUUGGGCAGGACAGGAUCUUAUUACUGCAGGAGUUUCUGCUGUUAAAAACCAUGCAAAGCAGCAGAACUAUCAAGCUGCCAGAGCGAUGCUUGGUAAAACUUUACACACUUUGCAGGAUUUCUACAGCCAUAGUGACUGGAUUGAACUGGGAAAUAGAAAAUCUUACACCAACCUGAUUAAACCAGAUACCCUAAUUAGCAACAUAGCAGAUUCAGAAACAUGCAGGAGUUGUUAUGGAGAUGGCUGCUCAGGAAACAUCUUGGAGGCGGUCAUUACAGAGCAGAAAUUAACAUCAGGAUACUUUGGCCCAUCCAAACCAAAUGGAAAGUGUAGUCAUGGAGGAGAAGCUGAUCUAUCAAGUUGGGGGCAAGGUGGCAUAAAUAAGGAUACCCCAACCUCCAGCCAUGGUCACCUACAUGAAGAAGCAGCAUUGGUAGCCACUAAUGCUACCACAGAACUACUGGAUGACAUUAGAGCAGCACUUGGAGAUUCUGAUUUUCUUCGACUGUUGGGACUAGGCAAGACGUCAGCACUGUGUUUUGUUAUAGACACCACUAGCAGCAUGUCUGAUGACAUUGCCAAGCUCAGAAAAGUGACUUCAGCUAUCAUUAACAGUAAAAAAGGCACUGCAGUUCAACCAUUACAAUACAUCCUGGUGACAUUUAAUGACCCAGAUUAUGGCCCACUUACAAGAACAGUGGAUCCUAAGGUGUUUCAAGACGAAAUCAAUGCACUUAUACCUGAUGGUGGAGGAGAUGAUCCUGAAAUGUGUCUCUCAGGACUCCAGCUCGCCCUCACUGGAUCUCCAGUGCAGACUGAGAUUUUUGUUUUCACAGAUGCUGAUGCAAAAGAUAAACAGUUGAAAAAUGCUGUGCAAGCACUGAUUGAGACAAAAAAAUCUGUAGUUACCUUCAUACUAACUAGAUCCACUAGUUCUCCAAGUGCCACGCCCUUAUAUAGCCAACAGCAAGUUUCUCCUCAGCUUGUCGAUAUACAGCUCUACCAGGACCUGGCUCAGGCCUCUGGGGGCUAUGUAAUUGAAGUCACCAACAUGAACCAAGCUUCUAACACCAUUGAGGCUACCUCCAACUCUACAAUGGUCACUCUAUUUCAAACUAUAAGAAACCCAGCAAAAUAUGAAACCUUCCCAGUCUUUGUGGAUUUUUCUGUGCAAAACCUGAUAAUUUACAUCACAGGCAACUCUACAGAUUACACCAUCACUAGUCCCACAGGAGUCUCAAAGAACUCCCCCAUACUGCAAAGCAGUGAGACUUCAUGGCCUAUUCAGGGUUUUGCUAACCUUGACAUUGUGCAGCCAAAUGAAUUAGAGCAGGCUGGACUCUGGCACUUCAGUAUUAACUCAACACAGCCCUACACCAUCAAAGUUGUCGGUCAAAGUGAGAUUGACUUCCUUUACAACUUUGUACAACUUUUCCAAGGGCUUCAUUCAAGCUAUGCUGUAUUAAACUGCAGACCUAUAGCAAACGCCAAUAUCAGCCUGUUGCUGUCCAUGGUCGGCGGGGACAAUUUGAGACCUACAAAGGUGUCUGUGGUCAAUGCAUCAAGUUCAAACUAUUUUCCAGGGAAACUAGUCAAGAUAGGUAGUGGGCAAUACUUGGUGAACUUCAGCAGCAUCCCAGCAGGAGAGUUUACUAUUCGAAUUAUAGCACCCUCUACUGGUGAAUUUAGACAGGUAAACUUCUUAAGUGCUUAUCCCUUAAUAUCUUUUGGUAGACAUUUUCUGCUCAUGAAAACUGACCUGUCAAACUUGGGCUAUAAGAUCAAAACAGUAAUUAAUCAAGAGCUAUCAGAGUUUUCUUUAAAAAUGUACUUUCUUUCUAAUUACCCUCAGGCUCCACCUUCUGAAAGAAUUGAACCAGGAAAACAAGUCACUCUACCUUUCAGAGUGGCAACCGAUGGCUCUGGAGGAAGAUUUAAUAUCAGAGUCAGCAAUGAUCACAAUUUUGACACUAGCUUUAACACAUCCAUAACUCUCGAGAGUGGGGGCAGUGCCAAUGGCACAGUAACUCUGACUGCUCCUACAAAUGCUUCCUUUGGAACUGAAGUCACUGUGACAAUCCAGGCUGAAGCAGCUGAUGGAAGCGACUUCAACUACGUUGUGUUGCGUCUUGCUGUUGAUGCUCCGUCCAAAGAUUUCAUCCCUCCAAUGUGUACGAUAGUUAGCAUAAAUGCUGACUGUCCGGGCGACUGCAGAAACUCCUCAUGGGACCUCACUGCCGAAGUGACUGGUGGAUUUGGAUCAAAUAUUCCGAGUGUGAGAGUCCUCCAGGGAAAUGGCAAACUCAUCAUCACCAGCGUCCUCAAUGACACGGGCAUUGUCACUACAGUAGUCUACACCUCAUCUUGCUGUUUCCCAGAGUUGGAACUGGUUGCUAUAGAUGAAGUGGGAAAUGUCGUCACCUGCUUCAAAUCUCCGAGCGCUAUAGCUGCAUCUAUAAUCCUCAAUUCUGGUGUGGAAUUUUUCUUGGUUUUGCCAGUUAAGCCUUUAAGCCUUUGGCUUAAUAUGGGAGUCUCACUUUAUCAAUUCAUGCAGCUCUAA